CGAAUUCGUCUUCCAUCCCUUUAAGUUUCUCUGCGCAUCAGUCCCCACCCAACGUUCCCUCCCCCCGGACCUGCCUGCGGCCCAAAUCUAUUCCAGCCCUUCAUACAUGUCCGCCUUCUGAAUGUCUAGCCCAGGCGAUCUGCAGCAGCGUCCCGGAUUUCACAAAAGCUCGGACGGCCUCGAGGCCUCUGACAAUCGCCCCGGUCCUACGAACACCCGCUGUGGAGGAGCGAGGGAAGCUUGUAUAUAACAUCGCCCCUUGAGCAUGGUGGCGUACCUAUGGCUUGUAUGGUACGAAGCCCCCGCGAAGGCCGCACCAAGGCACUGGGCACUGGCGGUCACAUACGAAGCUCAUGAUCAUGCUUACGCAACUUUCUACGAGGUUGCAAGCGAUAGCACCGCGGCCAGGUAUCAGCCUCGCGUCGUGCGCCGAGUGCAUCUGACCAGCAGACACGGCACCAUACCGUACGCCGGGAAAUUGCUACUCGGCGAGAUCACGGAUCAGGUCCUCGCCUCGCUCGAGAUGUACAGCGAAACCGCCGUAGAGCUCGUGAACACGCAUAACAGGAAGCGCGGUGCCCAUGAGUCUAAUUGUCAUGAUUGGGCGAUUAUCAUCGUACGAAGCCUAGAGGACGCCCUCUUGCUUCCUGUGGGAUCCUUGGCAAGGGUAGAGAAGAGUCCGAGAUACGGCUGAGACGGGCCAUGAAGGAACCGCUCACUGUAACCUUCUCGGACUCGGCGAACCGGAGCGCAGCAACACACUCAGACAAGACUUCUCAAGAUCUGUCAUUCCUCAGGCAUCGUUGCUUCAUUCAUAUGCUUAAUUCGGGGCUUUUUGUCGUCUUUGGGCUCUUUGGGUACAUUGUGGGCAGAUCGGCUAUGAUGGGCAUCGUGUAGUUUUAUAGGCAUCGUUGUUGACUCGGAACUCCGUCGCUUUCCUGCAUCCUGUCACAUUAAGACCUCAUCGCUUACAUAGGAGGUUGUCUGGCUAUCAUUGUAGUUCUCGUUGCUCUGUACUAUAUUCGCACUCGCAAAAAGCACAACGUAGACCGUAUGAAAUACAUUCAUGAAACUA